AUGAACCCUUACAUCUUAGCCACCAUAUUUUUUAGUUUAGGCCUGGGGACUACAAUCACAUUCGCUAGCUCCCACUGACUUCUUGCCUGAAUAGGUCUUGAAAUAAACACUCUUGCCAUUCUUCCUUUAAUAGCCCAACACCACCACCCCCGAGCAGUAGAAGCUACUACUAAAUAUUUUCUUAUACAAGCAAUAGGUGCUGCAACACUACUAUUUGCAAGUAUCACUAACACAUGACUCACCGGCCAAUGAGAUAUCCAACAAAUAUCUCACCCUCUCCCUAUCACCCUUAUUACUUUAGCCCUAGCAUUAAAAAUUGGUCUUGCUCCUUUACACUCUUGACUCCCCGAAGUCCUUCAAGGAUUAAAUCUUACCACAGGACUCAUUUUAUCUACUUGACAAAAACUAGCACCCUUUGCACUAAUUAUACAAAUUCAACCCACUAACUCAACACUCCUUAUUAUCCUAGGCCUUGCCUCAACCCUUGUUGGAGGCUGAGGGGGCUUAAAUCAAACACAACUACGUAAAAUUUUAGGUUAUUCUUCUAUCGCUCAUCUUGGGUGAAUAAUUUUAAUUAUUCAAUUCUCCCCCUCUCUAACACUUCUUACUCUUUUUAUUUACAUCAUAAUAACCUUUUCAAUCUUCCUUGUAUUUAAACUUAACAAUUCAACCAAUAUUAACACCCUAGCCAUCUCUUCAACCAAAAUUCCAACACUAAUAGCCUUAACACCCCUAAUUCUUAUAUCUCUAGGGGGUCUCCCACCACUUUCAGGAUUCAUGCCCAAAUGACUUAUUCUACAAGAAUUAACUAAACAAGAUUUAGCCCUAACUGCCACCUUAGCAGCACUAACAACGCUCCUUAACUUAUACUACUACCUUCGUCUUUCUUAUACCCUAGCUCUUACAAUAGCACCAAACAAUACAGCCAGCACAACYCCCUGACGUCUUCCCUCCCUACAAAUAACAACGCUCCUUGCCAUUACGACAGCCCUUACUCUACUUCUACUACCCCUAACCCCUUCUAUAACAACCUUAUUAACCCUCUA